AGAAACCAACAUGGCGGCCCAAUCUGAUCGAGAAAAACACAACAUAUGCAUGGUAUCCGAUUUCUUUUACCCAAACAUGGGCGGAGUAGAGAGUCACAUUUAUCAGCUGGCUCAGUGUCUCAUUCAACGAGGACACAAGGUCGUAGUUGUAACACAUGCCUAUGGCGACCGAAGUGGAAUCCGUUAUCUGACAAACUAUCUCAAGGUUUAUUAUUUACCUUUUGGUCCAUUUCACAAUCAGUCUUCAUUGCCAACUUUGUACACAACAAUUCCAUUAAUGAGAUGUGUGUUUCUGCGGGAGAAGAUAACUAUAGUUCAUGGACAUUCUGCUUUUUCUACUCUUUGUCAUGAUGCUCUUCUUCAUGCCCGCACUAUGGGACUUCGCACAUUGUUCACUGACCAUUCUCUGUUUGGUUUUGCGGAUGCUAGCUCUAUCAUUACUAAUAAGUUUUUACAGUUUUCCCUAGCAGACAUUUAUCAUGUGAUAUGUGUAUCACAUACAAGUAAGGAGAACACUGUGUUGCGUGCAUCAAUGAAACCUGAGAUGGUAUCAGUGAUUCCUAAUGCUGUAGAUGCCAAUGUAUUUGCACCUGAUGUUUCAAAGAAGAUCCCUGGGAAAAUCACUAUUGUGGUAGUCAGUCGGUUGGUGUAUCGAAAAGGUAUGGAUUUGUUGGCUGGAAUACUCCCCAUCAUGUGUGCCAAUCAUUCAGAUGUCCAGUUUAUUAUUGGUGGUGAAGGCCCAAAGAAAGCUCUCCUGGAGGAUGUUUGUGAACAGUGUAAACUCCAAGAAAGAGUACAGUUUUUAGGAAAAUUAAAACAUGAGAAAGUUAGGGAUGUGCUUACUCAAGGUGAUAUAUUUCUUAACACAUCAUUAACAGAAGCAUUUUGCAUUGCCAUUGUUGAAGCAGCUAGUUGUGGGCUCCAGGUUGUCAGUACCAGAGUGGGAGGGGUCCCUGAGGUACUACCUGAUGACAUGAUAAAACUUGCUGAACCAAGCGUCAAAUCUCUGGUGGCAGCUCUGGAAAGCGCUCUACAAGCUGCUAGAAACAAUACAAUUGUGCCGCCAAACACAGCCCAUGAACGAAUCAGGACAAUGUACACAUGGCAGAAUGUAGCUAGACGAACAGAAAGAGUCUAUGACUUGGUUAGCGCCGCACCUCAUGUUUCAUUUGAAGAGCGACUCAAAAGAUUAUACCACUGCGGCCGUGUUGCAGGAAAAAUUUUCUGCGUUUUAGCAGUUAUUGAUCUGUUUUUACUAUGGCUUCUCGAAUGGCUUUUUCCGAGAAAGAAUAUGGAUAUUGCGCCCUCUUGUAAAGAACAACAAGACAAAUGGAAUUCAAAAGACGAAAUCAUAACAUCCGAUGAAAGAGUGUCAGUGACCGGCAGAAAAACACAAAUCGAUUGUUCUCUCGUGAGAUAACAUUUUCAAAAUGUACGGCCGGCAUAGAUCGAGGAGACAAACAAACGAGGCGAAACGACACGGUUAAAACUGCAAAUAAAACAGCGGACGGAAACCUAUAAACCUAUAAACCGCCGUCCAGUUAGCCCAAUGGAUAAUGCGCUGGACUGUUGUGCGGGAGAUCGAGGGUUCGAGCCCCGGCCGGAGUAGUAGAGAAGAGUAGACAUCUAUAAUUAUACAAGAUAGCCCCUUCAGUGUAGUAAACACUUGUAUAAACGGGGGUCCUGUUACCCACC